UAUAUAUAUAUAUAGGGUUUAUUUGUGACACGUUCCCAAACAGCAAAAGGCCCAAAUUAUUUUUCCUACAAAGUUGCUUGUCUAUAAUUUAUUUUAUGGCUUUGGAGUGAGAGGUGGUAGGGAUAUGGUGUUCAUUAUUCAAAAGCCAAUCCAUCGUAAAUUUCAUUUUUGCUCUAAUACCAUCUUAUCCAUUCGCUUUCGUCAUCUUCACUGUCAAGGAUGUGUAGUUUACCAUCUGCUAGCUUAAUUCUAACCUGGAUGGGUAUUUUCCCCCCUUUCAUUGUAAUUUUUUUUUUUGUUUGUGAAUUUUUUAUUUUUUUUUAAACCGAUGUUAGCAUGAGAAAUUACUACAUGUAUGCUACAUCAACAGAGUGUAAAAUGCUACGAUGUGAAAUUUGGUGAUAUUUGCAUUUUUUUUUUUUUUUUUUUUUUUUUUUUGAGCACCCUCUGUGUGUUUUCUUUUUAAAUUAUUAUAAGUGUGUGCAUUCUUUUUCUGUACCAAUGUGGGGAAACUGGUUUUAAAGCAUUACUUGUUUAAAGUUUGUAAGGGGGAAUUUGUAUGUGGCAUUAAAAUAGAAAAUGAUAUCGCCCCAUUCAUCAUUGACCAACAGAUGCCUUUUGAAAAAUUACCAAAUUGGGCACAAGGAUUUCAUUGUCUAAACUUUAUUUGUCAUAAAAUGUCAAAUAAAUUAAAAUAGCAAAAAGGAAGGAAUAUAUAUAUAUAUAUAUAAUAUAAACAGUGAUUACAUAUAACUUAAAUGUGCUUAUUCCCCUUUGCAAGUGAGAAAGUUUUUGUUGACUGCAGUUUUUUCUAUUGGUGCUAAUAUUCAUACACUACAACAAAGAUAUAAUCUUCAAAUGUGUGUAAGAAAAAAUGGCCACACAGUUAGUCCUAAAAGAUUUGUGCUUCUUUUAACAAACCGGUUGGGCCUUGUUUUUGAGACAAGGUCUAGACCUAAUGUUUGUUAAAGUGUGUGAUCCAGAACUGUAGACCCUAACCUUGGAGAGAUGAUUUUGUGUGACCCAGUUUGACUGUUUGUGUGUUUCCCCACAUUAUUUGCUCAUUGUGGUUGUGGGAUUUUGAUUAUUGUUUGAUGGAGAUUAAUAAAAAUUUAUAGUGGUAGAAAGUGAGUGUGAGGGCACAAAGUUAUUGUACUGUAUGCUAUAACUGGGUACAGCAGUGCGAAUAGACUCCUUUAUUGGAUUUUUAUUCUAAUUCAAUGUAAUUUUUUCAGUUUAAAAUGCUGUCAGAUUCUGAAAUUCAGUUAAACAAGGCUGGCAUCACUUUCUCUAAUCAAUCCCAAUCCUUGUUCUGUCAAGCACUUGGAGUUAAAUAUUGCCGUCUUCCAAAAUUGUUACUUUAGUUUGGUUUUUGAUAAGAUUAUGAAACUUGUUUAUGGUGGGUGGGUGACUGAGGACAAAAGCAUUUUAGAUUUUGAGAAAAUGCAUAAAUCUAGUAAAUGUGUUUGACAGUCAAAUAGAACAGCAUAGACCGAUUAUUUACCGUUAAACACUUUUUUUUUUUUUUUAAUGGUUCCUCUCUUAGUUUGAACAGACUUGUUUUUUUUUCUUCCAAGUCUAACUCUGUGUGCAAGGUGGGAUGGUUGCUGAAGAAAGACCUGAGCACUCGUGUCUAUGGGGGACUGAAAAUUGCAUUUUCUUUUAUUUAAAGGUUUUGGUUUAGUCAGUACAUUUGAAGAGGUUAACUUUCAAGUUCUUAAAGGUUUAAAGUUUUGAUUGCAAUGUUGUUUAACUUUUAAUGCAGAACUCUCAGUUUCCUUAUUGCAAUCAUUGUGAAGUUUCUAAACCUUUAAUAAACCUAUUUUUAAAAAAAAAUCAUAUUUGUUGUUUAUUUGUGAUCAUAAGAGAGAGUCUGAUUUCUACAAUCAUUAGCCAGACAGCUAAAUGUUGAACAGGUCACUUCUAGGUACACAUUAAGCUUUGACUCUGGACAACCCGGAUAUAACCGAAUAAGACCGUGAGGAAAACGCUUCAUCUCCAAGUAGAGCUCGGACCUUGAAGACUGUCCAGAAUAACUUGUCACAGAACCGUGUCUCUUGGUAGUAGUCAAAUUAAAGUAUAUAUAAGAACCGUGUUCUGACAGUAACAUCAAUCACAACUGGCUGGACUCCUGGUAAAUAGACUGGUGAAAUCCAGCUGUUUGCAGCCAGUGGUCAGGCGCGUUCAUUAAAGCUGCUGUUAGGAAUAAGGGACGUUCACUUUAAUCAGACUCAUGUAGGUUUAGGGUUUGUUUUAGUUACUGUAGCAACAGUCUGUCUACUGGUUACUGUUAAAAUAUCGCCAACGGUUUCAUUACUUCGAUCCAGAAAUAAACGGUAUCUACGCAUAAACUUCACCUUCACGCCGUGUGUGUAACUUACACGUAAAGCAACAAAACCAUAAUCAAUCACCGGAGAGUAACGUUACGAUAUGACACUGCGUCGAGUCGCGUCGCUCUGUGUGUACAGUGUGUUCAGGGCACUGGAGGUCACUUCCUGAUUUACUGACUGUCGGCAAGAUGUCUCAACACUUUCAAAACGCUCUGCCUCUUUUGAAAUGACAACGUUUUGUGUGCCUGAAAAGCGACGGUACCUCCACAGGUGGAAGAAGCCAAAGUUUGUGACUUUAUUUGAUGCAGACCAGCUCUUCAUUCAGUCGUAGCGCAGGUGGAUUUAUCAGUAGUGACUCGCAUGUUUUCCUGGCACGUUUAUAUCAGUCAGGAUGUUUUAAAAUGGCGGUGGCAGCGUCACAACAGGGUCUGGAGUAAAUGUGAGGAGGUGAUGGACGCACACACAUCUUUCCAGCUGCAGCAGGAACAUGGCAGAAGCAGAGCACACUGAUGGGGAGUUCAGUGUUACAGAUUUCCAGGUCUCAUCGUUCAGCAGCUCUUCUCACAACCUGGGUUUGCAGAUUGCCUCAAAGCUUCUCACCCAAAACCAUGUCAACCAUCACAUGCCCUCCGUCUCUCCGCUGCCUCCUGUCUCCCUCAGUUGCAAAUCAUUCACUCCAUGUAAUGGCACAUGUGAUGAGGAUGGCAGCAGCUUGGCCUCUCAGGACUCAGGAAUCCCCACCCUUGAGAUGAACCCUCCUGAGCACACUCAGGCUCGAGUCACCACUGCUGAGCUGGUGCUUCCACCUCCACAUGAUGAUAGUCCAGCAACACUAAACCUGGAUAUCUCAGAUAGCUCCAUACUCAAGUCUUCCAGCUUCCCACGUUGUGGUUUUGAUUUGGUACACUCUUAUGGUGCCGGCGGGCUCUCCAGUGCGGCAGGCAAGGGUACUUUGAAUCGCAGUGAUGAUAUUUCAGUCUGCAGUGUUUCAAGUUUAAGUACUGAGUUUUCUGCCACAUUGUCUGUCAGUAAUGAGGACUUCCUAGACUUCAUGGUCACAUCCGAGUCCAGUGCUGUUGUUACAUUUGAGAAUGAAGAUGUCUUACACCGUUCUGACAAUUCACUCUCAUCUCCUACUGACUUACACGGCAAGCUCAGCAGCCCCCAACCACAUCCUGUGGGGGUCUCUACACCACAUGAGACUAGACCUAAGAGACUGGGUCCACUCGCCAGCUUCUUCCACAGGAGUCUUUUUGCUAAGAGGAUGAAGGAUACGGGUGCACAGGAAGAACAGAGAGAGCCCGGCUGGAAGCUGUUUGGUAAAGGUCCACAUAAAGACCUUUCAGUCAAAGACUCCAGGAAAACACAAAAGGAAUAUGAAAGGAGUGGACAGUCAAGCAGUUCCACAUCUCCCAAGAAGAAUGUAAGAAGGAACCUGGACUUUGAGCCACUUUCAACCACAGCCCUUAUACUGGAGAACCGUCCAGCGAAUCUUCCUGCAAAGCCUGAGGAAGAAACACAGAAACACAGACAAGAAUAUGAGGAGAUGGUAGCUCAGGCCAAGAAGAGAGAGCUGAAAGAGGCCCAGAAACGGAAAAAACAACUAGAGGACAGGUGUAAACUCGAGGAAACCAUCGGCAAUGCUGCGCUCACCUGGAGUCAGGAGAUAUUACCCAACUGGCAAAGCAUGUGUUCAUCUAAGCGGGUGAGGGAUUUAUGGUGGCAGGGUCUGCCGCCCAGCGUGAGGGGCAAAGUCUGGAGUCUAGCGAUAGGCAAUGAACUAAACAUCACUGAUGAGCUGUAUAACAUCUGUUUGGCACGAGCCAAAGAAAAGUGGAAUGCCUUUGUAGCCCCAUCAGCUGCUGCAGAAACAGAGAUUGAAGAUGCAGGCUUGUCUCAUGCUGAUCGAGAAGCCAGUCUAGAACUGAUCAAGUUAGACAUUUCCAGAACCUUUCCCAAUCUCUGUAUCUUCCAACAGGGAGGCCCAUACCAUGAUGUAUUGCACAGCAUUCUGGGAGCUUACACUUGUUAUCGUCCUGAUGUGGGAUAUGUGCAGGGAAUGUCCUUUAUAGCAGCAGUGUUGAUUCUCAACAUGGACAUUGCUGAUGCCUUCAUUGCUUUUGCCAAUUUGUUGAACAAGCCUUGUCAAAUGGCUUUCUACAGAGUGGACCACAGCCUUAUGUUGACAUACUUUGCAGCAUUUGAAGUUUUCUUUGAAGAAAAUCUACCAAAGCUUUUUGCACAUUUCAAAAAUAACAACCUGUCCUCUGAUAUUUAUUUAAUUGACUGGAUCUUCACCUUGUACAGUAAAUCUCUCCCACUGGACAUUGCAUGCCGAGUGUGGGACGUGUUCUGUCGUGAUGGCGAUGAAUUUCUCUUCCGCACAGCACUGGGGAUUCUGCGUCUUUAUGAGGACAUCCUCACACACAUGGACUUCAUCCACAUCGCUCAGUUCCUGACGCGCCUGCCAGAAUACAUCUCUGCUGACGAGAUCUUCUCCAGCACAACCACCAUCAGCAUGAACAGCAAGAACAAGAAAUGGGCACAAGUUCUUCAGGCUUUGCAGAAAGGACAAGACCGUGGCAGUCCACUACUGAAACGCUAAGGAUUCAACUCCGGUCUUCUCUUCAACUUCACAGAGACUAAGAGAGAAACUCAUGUUGACUGUACAUGUGUUGUACUCAUCGGAGAUUAUCAGUACCAGUGGACACUGUAUGUGUCAUCUUCCACACACUGACCUCACAGGACUGGAACGGAGGCAACACAUCACAUGAAUGUACACCCCCACUUUCAGUUAGGUGUGGAAAUGUCCUAUCAUUACUUUCUUUUCUGCCUCCCUCAGCUUAAACGAGGCAUUUCCAUUUAAGAAAAAUAAAAUAAUAUAUGUUUUGCUGUGGGUUUCUGAGGUUGUUUUUAUGUGUUGUUUUUACCAUUGUUUCAAAGACUUAUUGCUCACUGAAUUAUUAUUUAUUCUACCUCUUACUCCCUGUCUGUAAUCUGUGUUUCUGUUUUUUUGUCUCACAAAUGUCUUUAUUCAGAGAUUUUUUUUGUGGAUUCUGAAAUAUAUUGCUGUGUUCAUGGUAUGUUACUGGAUUCUCUGUCCCUUCGUACUUUUCUCUCUCCUUUCUUAUCUUUUUUUGUUGUUGUUGUGCAAGUUCAAAACCAAACAUUCUGCAAUACUAGUGUUUCUGAAGUUACAAAGUUUGGUUUCAAUUCAUGCCUACAGAACUGGACUUUAGCAUAAUAAAUGUGGCUUUAACAUUGUGGUGCAGCUUGGAUCUCAAGGUGGUUAAAGUGUUGAAAAGAAAGAUUGAGUAUGAGUUCAGUGAUGAUGGUGGUUUCACAGCAUUAUGACAUCUCAUAUCAUCUUCAUUAAUAACUGAAAAACAAGCUUCUCUAGAUUAUGCUGUAAAUUAUUCUUGAUAUUCAACAAUUCAUUAAAUUGAGAUUAAAAUCAGAUAAAAUUGUAUUAUUCGUAAUAUAUAAAGUACCAUGUUAAAAUACUUAAUAAUCUUUACUUGUUUCAUGUAAAUAACAUGCACUAAACUGGCCUAAUUUGGAUACAGAUACUGACCUCAUAUGGAACAGCAAUAACAGCAUUUUUCAUGUUUUUUUUUUUUUUUUUUUUUAAGUGAAUUCAUUCAUUUUGGUGAAUGUUUUUCACUGAAAAGUAUGGACAGCAUCACAUUAAACAUUAUUGUAUUGAUUAGAAUUCAUGGAAGUUCAUGGAUUUAUUAUUGUGAGGAAAAUUAUUUUUGUGAGGAAAAGACUUAAAUUUAAUAUCCUCUCAGAGAGUUUAAAUGUAUACUGUAUGAACACAGUAAUAUGUAAACAAGCUGAAGGCACCAGAAUAUUGAACAGUAAUUGAUAUCUUGCACACUCUAAAGUAAGUUUAUGUUCAGUUAUUAUCUAGAUAAUGUGGUGAGAUUAUCCUAUUUUGUGAUCACUGUGAUCGAAGGAAAACCUCCCACCUUUUUCUGUGGUCUAAACCACACUACUGCAAUAAGCUGCUUUGCUUUUUCUUUUACAUAGAUUCUCACUGUCAUCUUUAUUAUGCUCUGCUAUUUUGUGUUUUGUUUCUUUUUCAUUACCAUGUAGGAACCCCAGUAUUUGUGUUGUGUUAAUAUUUGCUGUUUUCAUUAUAAUCUGAUAAUUAAUUGCCCUCAACAUUUAAAUAGCCUAUUUUUAUAUCUGGGGGAAAAAAAACACUAGGAGCUUUAAGUAAAUGGCUUUUUAUUUUUGCCUUAAGUCCAAGGUUUUGAAAUAACUUCCAUAACUCAGAAAAAUAACUUUAAAGACUUCAUAUCGAGUGCUUUCAGUUGUUUGGGGUCAUGUACAAUAAAAGGAGUGCUUCAUGAUCUUAAUUGUAAUGAAAGAUGUGUAUGUGUGUGUAAACAUCUUCAUGUUAUGUGUGAACAAUCGGAACAAUUAAUGUUGUUCAAAAGAGCAUAGACCGUCCAGGAAAACAGGAUAUGUUGUCCAUGAAGUACAGUAAUGUAUUGUUCAAUGUGUUUGUGUUUUGGGUAGGAAUUGACAGAAUUAGGUGGUAAGAUAAAGGCAUUAUGAUGUUAAAUGAACACUGAAAGUGUGCAGAGCAGACUGUGUGCAUGCAAUCCCACACUUGAAACUUUGAGACGUUAUUUGAGCAUGCACCGACACAGGUCUCACAACACACUUUGACCGGUCUCUGUUCUUCUGUGUUUGUCCUAAAAUGCUGCUUUGCUUUUGUUGUGUCCGUACAGAUGAUGUAGAAUAAAAUAAAGUUGUAUAU